CAGACUGGUUUAUUGUUAAGUUGCAAUUACUGCAAUGACAGACCAAUAAACAAUUGCUGCCAAAAUGUAGUAUAUAGUAGAAAACAAAUAGUGAUUGAACUUAAGAUCUUAAGGGGAAUGUUCUAUGGGCUGACAAAUCUUGUACAUCACUUAGUAGAGUUUUAUAUGGAAAAAAGUUCAGGAUGAAGUGCUCUAUUUUAGAAUGCAAAUAAAUUAAGAGACAUUUUUUUAAGUUAGGCAGUUUUGAAAUCUCAUGCUUUCCUGCUUGUAUGAUAGGAUGGGGGGAGGGUAUGCAAAUCCCAUAUCACUAGUACAAUUUAGCAAGCUAUAUUAGCAUUUUUUAACAAAUCACUUCUAAUUAAUGAUAUUAUUUCAUUUUAUAAUACACCUACUCCUCACUUAGCAACUAUGUCAUCCAACAUUUUGCAUUUACAACAAUAGUAAAAAAUCUGUCCAACUAUUUUGCUCAUUAACAAUAUAUGUCUGGCAGUAAUGAAUGCCAAGGUGCAAGGCAAGAGUAAUGCUGACUGUGCUGGUUAAGGUUAUGUGUCAACUUGGCUGAGCUAUGAUUCUCAGUGACUCGGCAGUUAUGUGAUGAUAUAGUUAUCCUCCAUUUUUGUGAUCUGAUGUGGUCAUCCUCCAUUUUUUGCAUAAUGCUGAUUUUCACUUAACGACCUGGUCUUUGGAACCUAACCAUGUUGAUUAGUGAGGAGUGGGUAUAUAUAUAGGACUAAAGAGAAUUUAUAAUCCUAGCUGGUGAAAUACUGUGCUGAUUGCAUUAAUCAAGUACUCUUUUUCAAAUAGUUUUGGAGUAUGUUGUCUUCCCAGAAACAGUUUGAAGGCUGAAAGCAUGCAGAUGUUAUGUUCAAUUAGUUAAUUUGGUAAAUACUGAAUAUUUAUUAGCUGCAUUCAUCUCUUAUUAUUUCAGGAGGAAAAAAUUACAAAUCUAUUUUAGUUAAGGAGCAAGAGUACUUGUCUAAGUGCUGCCCAAGAAUUUUAACCACUAAUAUUUUUAAGUGGAUUUCUUGUAGAAUCUCCUGUCCAGAGGUUGUUGAGAAUAAAAAAGCUCAAACAUUUUUGCAAACAAUAAUUAUAAACCAACCGUCAGAAUGCAAAGAUUAUAAGAAUGCUAAAGCUAUCUGAAUGCUUCUUAACCCAUUUUCUUCUAUGGUUUUCUUAAGAUAGUUUAUUGCCCAGAUUAAGUUAUCUGGCAUUUAAGUGUAGUGGUGUUUCACUAAUACAUAUUUGGAUUAUAUAUCAAGAGUAAUACUGGUUGAGAAGCUUGCAGCCUUUGAAUGGAUAGAGGAUAGGAGAUAGAGGAUAGAAAGCGAACACAUCAACAUUAUUCUGAAGUAUAAUUAGAUGAGUGAAAAACCAAACCCACUGCCGUCAUCAAGUCUAUUCCGACUCAUAGCAAUCCUUUAGGACAGAAUACAACUGUUUCCGAGGAGCAGCUGGUGGAUUCAAACCGCCGACCUCUUGGUUAGCAGCUGAACUCUUAACCACUGUGCCACCAGGGCACCUAGAGGAGUGAAGUUCUAUGUAAACUGCUUUCUUUUCAUUAACAUCCUUUAUAAUUUGCAUUUUUCAGAUUUCAGGAAAAAAUAGAAUAAGUUUUUUUUUUUUUUUUAUCAUUUAAUGCUUGUAUAGGUAAGUCCUGUUAAGGCACACUCUAAGUACCUUAAUUUAACAAGUUUGCAUCAUAGCAAACACAUAAAGAAGCUAAUCAACACAGUACAUAAGAAGCAGAUGUUAAUACAAAUAGAAACUAAACCAUAUUCUUUUCUCAUUGUCACCAGUUAAAUGGGAACUCUUAACAAGGAUACCUGCUGCCAUCAGUAUAGCAGUUCAACUCACUUAACCUAGUGUUUAAGUUAAAUCAACAACAAAAAAUUGGCUUCUGCAUUUCGAAAUAAAAUCUUAAGCCACUUUUCCGAAGUAGUAAAUUGACAGGACUUUUAAAACACUGGUAAUUGGUCAAAUAAAAUUUAAGAUUACAUGAUAUGAAUUUAAGUCAAGUGAAGUAUCUGCUUCUCAGAGGGAAGUAUGUUGAACCUAGUUAUUAAAUCUUUAAAUUAUCACCAUGUGUGUUUUCAUUUUAAUUGACACACUUACUUAGCAUCUUCUAAAAGACUUUUUUUUUUCCCUGCCCUCUAUCCUCCAUAUACAUCGAAUAUGAGAAAUUCAUGUAAAUAUACCAGGCAACACCUUCUAAAGGAAGUAACGAGUAUGUAUUUGUGAGAUCUGCGUCCCGACAGGGGUUAUCAUCAACACCUUACAGAGCAAGAAUAUUUGGGAAUUUCAAGUAGUUCGUCAUGACUAAAGGGUUGGAGGGCUGUUAAGACUACUAGAGAGGAAGGAAGGACACAAUGCUCACAUGCCUUUUCUGCCAUUGUGAGAUGUUUAAUAAAAGAACAACAUUAAAUUUGCAGUAGUCUUCCUGCCUCCUUUAACACCUCAUCUGUCUACUACAUUGCUGCCAGAGGGAUACUUGUACACAAAUUCAAGGAAGAGAUGAUUUGGGCUUGCACCUUGGAUAUUGUGAGAAUAGAGAUAAGAGGACAGAUUUGGGAGACAAAAGUAAAGUCUACAGGACCUAAGAAAUCUUCAGGUGAUGAGGGGUGCUUUAACCAGGAUAGAAAAUACAGAAGAGUUCUGGGGGCAAAAGAUAACUACCUGUAGAGCAUCUAAGUAAUUUGUUUUAGAGAGUAGCAGUUGAAUAUAUUGCCCUGGAAUUAGAAGUGGCUGGACUGGAAGUAUAAAGCUGGCUUUCCAUUGAGAUGGCCCUUAAAGCCAUGGGAGACAAGAUCAUACAGGAACUGUCUUAUGAAGAGAGGUGGAACAUCAUAUAAAGGGAGAUGGGAGAAGACGGCUGAAAAAAGACCAGCCAAAGGUGAUGUUUGACGAGCUAGAGCUUUGGGAAAAAAGAUGUGCUGCAAAGAUAAGGGAUUAAAGAAAUUGUUUUGGGUGUUGGCAAUAAGGAUAAAAGGAAUUGUUUUUGGGUGUUGGUGGCAUUUGCCAGAGCACCUUCAGUGGCGUGACAACCUGAUGGCCAUGAAUGGGAAAAAUUAUUAAAUUUGAAAGGGUUGGCUAGGUCUUUAUAGGAGCACUGGAUAUGAAAUUAUCUUGAUUUUUGGUGAAUAACAAACAGAUGACCAAUUUUGAAUACUUUGCAGCAUUGUACUAGAGUGCUUUACACAGUAAUAGUUUUGUAUACUUACCACGAAGCAACCAGAUGAUGUUUUGCUUUUGAAAGGAAGACAUGUUUUCAGUUGAGCAGGGAAAUGGGGACGUUAUUUUUUACUGUGCCCUAAAGAUACCGCUAUGGGUCAGAAUCGACUUGACGGCACUGGGUUUGAUUUUUUUUUGGUUUAAAGAUAACUACUAUUUACUGAAUACAGCCCUGGUGGUGCAGUGGUUAAGAGUUUGGCUGCUAAGUGAAAGGUCAGCGAUUUGAACCCACCAGCCGCUCCACGAGAGGAAGAUGUGGUGCUCUGGUUCCAUAAAGAUUACAGCCUAGGAAACUGUAUGGGGCAGUUUUACUCUGUCCUAUAGGGUCGCUAUGAGUCAGAAUCGACUGGACGGCGGAUUUUUUACGGGUCCAAAGCAUGAUGAGUACGCUAUGUACAUUCUUCUAUUUAAUCCUCACAGUGAUUCUCUGAGUUAGAUAUUGUUUUAUCCUCGUCUUAACGGGUGAGGCAAAGAGAGAUCAUGUAACUUGCCCAAGGUUCAUAGCUAUGAAGUGGUGAAGCCAGUAUUCCAACUCUGGCUAUCUGACCGCAGGGCAAGUGCUGUUCUACCUCCCAUGGUGUGGAGAAACAGGAAUUGCUAAGUGCUUACUCUGCAUCCACAUUUGAAAGAAACUUCAUUUUGAAUGUGCCUUUAACAAGAUCAAGAUGACCUAUCAUUUAGGCUGACCCUAUUCCAAACCAGGAUCUCUUUGAGAUUAAAUGACGUCACUCUUAAUAAUUAGUCUGGGCAGCAGUCAUAAAAUGAGACUGUCCUGGGCAAGCCAGGACGUAUGGAAAACAUUUAAUGUUUGGAAGAAACAUUUUGAGAGUAGUAUUCAGAAUCAACGGCAGUGGCUUUUGUUUUGUAUUUACCUCCUCCCGGCAUCAUAUUUCUGGAUUUCUGCACUCUUAGAAUGGGAAGAAAACAUGGGUUUGGGUUGAAUUAGACCAAUAAUUGUGAUUGAAAAAUGAAGAUAGAGAAUUAUCAGGGUGAAAAUGCAAACGAGGACUAAGAGAAUAUGAUAAUAUGAUAAAGGGGAAUUUCUGUUUUAGUGAUGUCUACUGAGUUACUCCUAUCCUAAAACCAUAUAAUGGCACCUCAAGAAAUGGUGUGACAAGAAAAUGAGUGACUAGAAUAUUCUUAAUGUAAAGAUUAUUAAUAACCAUUUUUAUAAACUCUAGGCCCAACUGCCACUCAGCCAAUCUAGUUUAAGGUGGGAAUCUGAUUUAACAUAUUCAAAAUACAAUUUUUUAAGUGUGCCAACCAGAAAAAAAAUGUAGAGCCACAGAUUUCUCAUGGCUUUAAAAUCAUUCAGUGCCAUGUAGUUUACUUCCACGUGAUUGAUUAAACACGUUUUAAUAUGAACCAACAAGAAAAUACCUAAUAGACAUAAGGACUAUCUUAAGGUAUUUAAAGUAUAACCACGUGUGUGUACGUGUGUGAAAUAACUUCAAAUAGAUGUGUAUGAUUAACAAAAAAUGAUACUCUGAACCACACCUACUUCCAAAAUGCCCAGAUACAACACAUAUUAAAGAGAGUAAGGGGAGAAAAAAGAAAGUGAAUACAUUAAUUUUGUAGACUUAAAUAGUUCAUUGUCUUUAAGCAUUAACUUUACUUCUUCACUUUGUGGCAGAGUAAUACACUUGUCAGAGUGAAACUAGAUGUGAAUGUUAUCUUUAGAAAACCUGAAUUUAAACGUCAUACUCUUUCAUUAAAUAAUGGACUCAUUGGAUGCAACUUUAGAAAUGACUGUACAUGCAAAGGAUUCUAUGUCUGAUAAAUGGAGUUCAGUACCCAAGUCUGUGAUCGAGAGUCAGUAUUUCCUUAAGGUACUGAAAGCAUUUGGGGGACAAGUUGAAAACUGACAUAGUCGUGCAUCAAAAGUUUUAGCAAAAAAUAAAAACUGGAAAAUAUCAAAGAUUUGAAAAUACAACUACUGUAUACAGAACCUGGAUAGUUUCAGAUAUUGAGCAGCCUGCAAAUUAUCCUGUCAUAAACCAUCAUUCUUCUAAAUCAGGUGGGGUUUGCAGUCCAUGAAUUAGAAUUUCUCUGUAAGAUUGACUUCACCUGCCCCUCCCAAUAAAUUCAGUCUGCUCAAAGUUUUAUGAGUAAGAGACCACGGAGAAGCUGUGUGUGAACAGUAGGUGUUCUGCUAGUCAACAUAUUGAAAGAUUAAUUCCAUGCCAUGCUAGUACUCUCAAACUUGCAUUUUAGGCUUGCUUCAGUCUCCAUCUCCCUCCCUCUUAUUUAUUUUUUUCUUACCUUCUACUCCCUCUUUCUUCCCAAUUAAACUCUUCAAUUAUUUCCAUUUAAAUAAUCAUAACAUGUAAUAGAAUACUUAAGUUUUUGUUGUGUAUUUGCACUAUCAUCUUAAUUUUAUAAACUUUGAAGUAUAUAUAAUGUGCACAGAUAAGAGUACAGUUCGAUGAAUUAUUACAAAGCCAACACCCACGUAAUCACCAACCAUAUAAAGAGAGUGUUACCAGCACCCCAAAAUCAUAAAAUAUCAGUUGCUGUUGAUUCUGACUCAUCAUGGUGAGCCCAUGUGUUGCAGAGUAGUACUACACUCUAUAUAUCACGGCUGCGACCUUUCAGAAGCAGAUCACCAGGGCUUUCUUCCCAGGUGCCUCUGGGUGGGUUCGAACCACCAACCUUUCAGUUAAUAGUUGAACACUUAACCAGCACUCCAGAACUCCCCUUAUUUCUUUCUACUAUCACUACACCCCCCCUUCUCCCAAAGGUAACCAUCAUUCUGGCUUCUAAUAUCUUAGAUUACUUCCACCAUUUUUGAACUUUAUAUACUGUAUGUAUUCAUAUGUUUCUGGCUUCUUUCACAUUUGGCUUCUCUUUCACUCUUUAUAGCUAUACACAUCUUUAUUUUUAAUAUUGCUUAACCAUUUAAAAGUAAAUUGACUACUUAAUGACAUUUUGUCCCUAAAUAUUCAACAUGUGGUUUGUAAAAAUGAAGACAAAUUUUCUCAAUUGUCCCCAAAAAUGUCCUUCCGGUUUUGUUUUUGUUUUCUCCAGACCGAACACCCAAUUAAGAUUUAUGCUCAUCUCUUUUAAUCCACUCCCCACCUUUCCUUCUUUUUUUAUGGCAUUGAUUUAAGAAUCAUUCUGUAUUUGUCUGAUUGUUUCCUCAUGGUAUAAUUUAACUUAUGGGGUGUUGUAUACCUGAUAAUCGUGUCACAUCAGGAGACAUAAUGUGGGAUUGGUAAUGUCAGAUUGCCCCCACUCUUGGUGAUGCUAAAUUUGGUUAAGAUAUUUCCAUUGUAAAGGUACGUUUUUCACUUUCCAAGUAAGUAAUGUAUAGGGUGAUACUUUGACACCAUGCAAGUAUCCUGUUCCUUAACACCAGUUUACUUAAUAUUUUAACCCAUUGCUGAUUUUUAACUGAAUCAAUACAUUGGGGAUUGAGACUUCUAAUUUUCUAACUUUAUUGUUCUGCGUAUAUUUAUUAGAUGGUAUAGGGUGAUACUUUGACACCAUGCAAGUAUCCUGUUCCUUAACACCAGUUUACUUAAUAUUUUAACCCAUUGAUGAUUUUUAACUGAAUCAAUACAAUGGGGAUUGAGACUUCUAAUUUUCUAACUUUAUUGUUCUGCAUAUAUUUAUUAGAUGGUAAUUUUUUUUUAUUCUUCUAUAAAGAAGAGUAUCUGUUCUGUUUCAUCUCUUUCUGAGUAUUACUUUGGACUCAUGGAUUUUUGAAAGUUUUACAGUCAGUUGCAGUCAUUACAUAUCUUGAUACUCAAACUGUCUCAAGCUGGAUCCUGUGUCCUGAUGUAUCCCUCAUUAGUCUAUCAGCACUUUUUGCUUUCUGGCCCGAUAAGGUGUCCCAGGCUCACUUUCUCACUUUGUAUUUUCGCUGCCUCAGCUCUGAAAUCAGCCAUGUCUUCAAAGAACCCCACUAUUUAGUGUAAAAAAUGUUUAGAAACCAGUAUCUGGUGCUAAGUGUGCAUUGUUACUGAGGUAUUGUUGUUUCAAAGUCAUUUUGAUAGACAGCUGUUUUUUUUUUUAAGUGAGUCCAUAUUGAUAUUUUCAAUUCAUAUGUAACAUGGGUUUUUUCUUAACCUUUUAUAUUUGUCUUUUUCUUUGCUUAAAGUCCUGGUUCCCAGAAAUAAGUUGAACUUAUUUCCCAGUGAUAUAUUUAUUCAUUGCUUUAUCCUAUAAUAAGUAUAAAAAUUUCAAGAUUAUAAUGCCCAAUAUCGUUACCAACAAUAAACCUACUGAUGUUUAAGAUUCUCUGCAGUUUUUUAGUCAUUAGAAUAUAUUCCACUAAGGAUGUACAGAAAUACUGUCUUCAAAAGUGAGUCAAAAUUUUCUUUGUGUAGUUAUGUUAGCAAUUCAUUACA